UCCGGCGGUCCGUCGGUAAUACCGGUCCCCUCUUCUGUCUCGUGUUCAGUGGAGCUUGUUCCAUGUUUAUUUCCUUCCACCUGCGGCGUGCCGGUACCGCUGCAGCCGCCAGUGCAUUCGCCUCGCCUUUGUCUUCAGCAUUUGUUUUCCGUGGGUCAGCUCCUGUCCUCUUUGUACCCAAAUCAUUCGCUGGUUUGCGCUUACCACAGGCGCAGUUCAGUUCCGCGAGCAUCCGAAAUCAUUUCAUGCAGCCACCUGAAGCGAAGCGCGUGUGUGCAGAGAACAUGGUGCCUAAAAUCGGUACCCAUAACGGGACCUUUCAUUGUGAUGAAGUGUUUGCUUGCUUUCUGCUUCGGCAACUUCCAGAAUACAAGGAGGCUGAGAUAGUUCGAACGCGGGACCCUGCCGUGCUGGCCACCUGCGACAUUGUUGUGGACGUCGGUGGAGAGUUCGACCCAAAGAAGCAUCGCUAUGACCACCACCAGAGCACCCUGUUGAGGGCAGAAAAACUGCAUCGAGCCCCCCCAGCAGACAAAAUACAAAGGUUGUUUGUGGAGACGUUCCACAGCCUGUGCCCGGGGAAGCCCUGGGUGACCCGGCUCAGCUCGGCUGGGCUGGUCUACCUGCACUUUGGCCGACUGGUUCUGGAGCAGCUCACUCAGCUGAAGCCUGACGACGGGCAGCUGGAGGUGCUCUACGACAAGCUGUACGAGAACUUUGUGGAGGCGGUGGACGCAGUGGACAACGGCAUCUCGCAGUACGACGGAGAGGCCCGGUACGCCGUCUCCACCACCCUGAGCGCCCGCGUGAGCUAUCUCAACCCCCCCUGGAACAGCAAGAGCCAGGACACAGAGGAGGGGUUUCAGCAGGCCAUGAAGAUGGUGGGAGCGGAGUUUCUGGGCCGAGUGGAAUUCUACCAGAACUCCUGGCUGCCGGCUCGAGCCGUGGUGGAGAGGGCUGUGCGGAACCGCACUCAGGUUGACCCCAGCGGGGAGGUGCUGGUUCUGGAGCAGGGGGGGUGUCCCUGGAAGGAGCACCUGUUCUCCCUGGAGAAGGACCUGAACGUGGAGACGCCGAUAAAGUUUGUCCUCUACCCCGACCAGAGCGGCCAGUGGAGGGUCCAGUGUGUGCCUGCAGGCCUCCACACCUUUCAGAACAGGCUGUCUCUGCUGGAGGAGUGGAGGGGCGUUCGUGACGAGGCACUCUCCUCCCUGAGCGGGAUCACUGGCUGCGUGUUCGUCCACGCCAGCGGCUUCAUCGGGGGAAAACCGCAGCCAGCAGGGGGCGCUGGAGAUGGCCCGUCGAACCCUCCAAUCCGCUGCCAAGGCCUGCGCGAGCCCAACGGCAGCUGACCAAUGACAGCGUCCGCUUCCGCAACUCCGCACUCACCCCCGCUCUGCCAUCUGUCCUCGCCGGCAGGAAGCACUCUUUUCUAAUAAAGUUCCUCUAAAGACA